AUGCAUAAACAAGGACACCGUGAGAAACUGCGAGCAUCUGAAAUUAAGAAGAAGCUGAGAAUAGUGUUCGACGCAGCUGCCAAGUACGAAGGAAAGAGCCUCAACGACGCCUUGCUCUCGGGCCCAGAUCUGUUACAAUCGCUAUUUGGAGUACUGUUGCGCUUCAGAGAGGGACCGGUAGCCGUCACGGCCGACAUACAAGACAUGUUCCUCCGAGUCAAAGUUAGAGAGGACGACCGAGACAGUCUCAGGUUCCUGUGGCGCGGAAGCCGAAGAACUGGCAAUCCUGAAGAGUAUAGAAUGUCUUCAAUCAUCUUUGGAGCAGCGUCAUCACCGGCAACAGCGAUAUACGUAAUGAAUAAGAACGCAGAGGAAUUUAAGAACACUCAUCCCGAAGCAGUGAAAGCAAUUAAGAGAAACCAUUACAUGGACGACUAUCUGCAGAGCUUCGCGUCUACAACUGAAGCAAAGAAGAUAUCUAAAGAAGUGAAAGACAUCCACGCAAGAGCAAACUUUCAUCUGAAGGGUUGGGCCAGUAACAAUUCAGGGGCAAUAUCAGAAGUAGAAGACACCAAUAAAGAAAACUCUUUACAACUGACCAAGGAAGAGAAGACUCUGGGACUAAGAUGGCUGAUGAAAGAAGAUGCAUUAGCCUUCAACGUCGGGUUACGCAACACGCCGGAGGACCUGCAAGAUGGCAGAAGAACUCCAACGAAGAGAGAAGUCACAAGCGCAGUGAUGUCCACCUUCGAUCCAAUGGGUUUUGCAACACCGGUUCUAAUACAAGGAAAGAAACCAAUCCAAGACAUCUGGCGAAAGAAAAUAGACUGGGAUGAACCAAUUAACGAACAACAAAAGGAAGCCUGGAUGAAAUACUUAGAGAAAGUAUCAACAUUAACAAGGCUGAAGAUCCCAAGAUGCGUCGCACACGAAGGCAGAAAAGGACAGUUACAUACAUUCACCGAUGCGAGUGAAGAGGCCUAUGCAGCAGUAGUCUACUGGAGAAUAGUCGAGCCCGGAGGAAAAAUCCAUGUCUCCAUGAUCGCCGGCAAGCAAGAGUAA